CAGCUGACUAUAAGAAUGUCAUACGUCCUCUGUUUGACCAAGUAAGACCAUGUGUCGUUUCUAUUCAAGCAUGGACACCAGCAAAGAAAGUCAAGGGUGGCAUGAAAGAGGAAUCAUUGCCACCGGCAGAGGAAUGCAGAGAUGCCCCGGACGUCAAUAAGGUGGAGACCAAACGGGAACCAGCUGGUGUUGGAUUUAUUGUGCACUGUAGUGAUAAUUUUACAGUUGUAACGGUGGAUCAAUCCUACAAGUUCCAAGGGCAGCAGGCAAUUGUGAAGUUCUGUGAUGAAACAAUAGCUACCAAUACAAGGGUGAUCAGACUGAAAGGGCCCACGAACCUAAUUGUGGCAAAUAUUCCUCAUGGUGAUUGGAAAGCGGUUCGGUAUGAUCAAAUCAAAGAGGAAGGACAUUCUCAGAUUGUGCUUUGCAUUUUCUCUCUAGUCACGAGGCUAUUGCCGUGUGUAUCUCGCAUUAUUUCGCCAAGAUGCAUUGCUGUCCUUGCAAAUGGCCGCAAGGUUCCUGGAAGUGAGCAGACUUUCAGUUUCAAUCUUCCAAUGGCAGGAAAAGAACACAAUAAAGAAAAUAAAGAUCAUUCUGUGUUGUUUGAUUUCCUCAGAGAUCAGGUUCUUGGAGCUCCCGUCUUCGAUACAUAUGGAAACCUUGUUGGAUCUGUUCAUGAAUGUGGAACUUCAUUUGAUUUUAAGUUUGGCGUGAGAUCAGAGUAUCUACAGGAUACAUUAUAUAAGUGGUUGGCCGGGAGACAAUGGAAGGAUGUAAACAAACCAGGAUCGCAGAUUUGGCAUCCGGACGACGAGGAGCGCAUUGACAGGGGCAUGAGGGUAGGACUGAGGGGAGGUCUAUGGGGUUUGCCGCAUGUGCCUCUGGAUCAAGAAGAAGAAGAAGACAGCUUUCAGUUUGAUUCGUUGGUAGCUACUGCUGAUAGCCAAACUAGUGGUGGCAAGGAAAAUGUGCCUCUGGAUCAAGAAGAAGAAGAAGCCAACUUUCAGUUUGAUUGGUUGGUAGCUACUGGUGAUAGCCAAACUAGUGGUGAGAAGGAAAAGAAAUUUGAAGGAGACAAAGUGGCGGUGGACAAGGUCAGCUCAGACAUUGUGGAUCUUCGUUCCGACAAUUUCGUAGCAGACGGUGUUAUCACCAAGUACUUGAAGCAUUUAUCUUCUACUAAGCUCAAUGAUGAUGAAGUGUAUCUUGCUGAUGCAACUGUGUCUUCGGCGUAUGCUCACGAUGCUUCAUCCAUCAAUGUCGAGUUACUACGACGCAGUCGCCUUGUGCUCUUGCCGGUUAACAACAACACCAAUUUUGGGCGGGCUGACUUGGGCACACAUUGGUCUUUAUUCCUUAUUGAUGCCAUCAACGGGCCACCACCACAGUUCUACCACAUGGAUUCUCUGGAUGGACUAAAUCGUUCUGCUGCAGAUCGUCUUGCUACAGCACUCGGUGCAGUCUUCCCUGAUGCACGCGGUGUUGUGCAGGUGCCCACACCAAGACAAAAAAAUGCGUAUGAUUGUGCAAUAUAUGUCAUGGCGUUGGCAAAAAGUAUCAUUACAUGGUGGAAAAGCAGAACCGAGUCCACAAAGCAUUGGAUGCAAAUGAUACAGACAGACGUGACCGAAGAGAAUGUCCAUACCUUGAGACACGACUUUGCUGAUCGACUAGAGCAGGAUGAAAAAAAUCAGAAGUGAUCUCCUGCACGAUUCCAAAAACAGAUUCAGGCUAGGUAAAAUUCAUACUGGACUGUAGCGCUUUGUUGUGUUACACUGCUUGUCAAGCACGUGAUUUUGCGUCAACCAAUCAGGUCUUGGUGAGUAGAAUCAACGAAACACCUAAGUAGUCUUGGUGGUAGUUUGAUUGAGAAGGAAAACUGUAUGCCCAUAAAAGUCUUAUUCCUGCUUGAGCGCUUUUGAUGCACAGAUCUAUCUUGUUUAUAAUAUGGCGAAUGGUUUACUAUUCGG